AUGGCGGCGACAACAUCCUCAAACCAGGGCUGGGCCCAACUACGACAACAAGCCCGCUCGCUCGAAACACAGACCGAAAUGGUCCUCCACACAUACGCCCAGUUCUCGAACCAGACCAACAUCCCACCGAAACCGACAGAUGAGGAAAGACAGACGGAAACGAGGUUACAGGAGCUUCUGGACAAGCGCGAAUCCGUAAUUUCCCACCUCACCCGCAUCCUAACCUCGGACCCGUCCCCUUCCGCAAUGAAACAAAACAACCUCUCCCUCCUGCGCGACAAGCUCUUGGACCACCGGCGGGACCUCUCCCGACUGCGGUCGACGCUCGAGUCGGCCCGCACGCGCGCCAACCUGCUGGGCAGCGUGCGCGACGAUAUUUCGGCAUACCGCGCCGCCAACCCGGAACAGGGCGAAGCCGACUACAUGCUGGACGAGCGGGGCAGGCUGGACCGCAGCCACGACGUGGCCGACAGCGUGCUGAGCCAGGCGUACGCGGUGCAGGACUCGUUCGCUUCGCAGAGGGAAAGAUUGGCGCACAUCAACAGGCGGAUUACUCUUGCGGCGAGCCAGGUGCCGGGGAUCAAUACGCUGAUUACGAGGAUCUCGGCGAGGAAGAGGAGGGAUGGGAUCAUCAUGGGGUCGUUUAUUGCGUUUUGCUUUUUGAUGUUUUGGUUCUUCUCAUAA